GCCCCACCAACCGACCAUCCCCUGGCCCCUGCGGGCCGUCAUUCUUCGCUUGUACGCGGGUCUGUCGCAACGCGCCUUCCUGAAAUGUGAACGCGUGUUUUUUCAACCCCCAAAUCGAGAUCAACUUUUUUGUCAAGUACCCCAGGAAAACAUGAGAGAACUAUCAGCUCUGGUUUCGCUUUUCGUUCUUUCCGUUGCCCAAGGAAAGAAUGACAACGUAAUGAAUAAGUUCAUAUGCAGCCAGGGCAAAUGCAUUCAGGCGAGUAUGAACCCGUCCGACAGGGUCCGCUACGACUCGCUCGACCUUUGCAGGUUGAUAUGCAGCGGACACGGCAACCUCUGGCCAAUCCCGACGGUGACGUUCGAUCUCGGGCACAUGGUAAUGGAGGUUGACCCAUCCAAGAUUCAAGUGGUGCUCGAAUCGGCCCCAGUCCAGACUCGGGAGUACAUCCGGAAAAUCAGCGACAUAUUCUUCGCCCGUCUGUACAGUCAGUGCGCCAACACGACGACUCGCGCAUUGACGAGCGUGCACAUACACAUGCGCGUCAUAUCGCCUUCGACGGAACUCAAGCUGCUCACAGACGAGUCCUACAAGCUCUCUAUAAAGAACUAUGGGAAGAACAUCGAGGUUGAGAUCAACGCGACGACCGUCUUCGGCACGAGGCACGCCUUGGAGACUCUCCUGCAGCUUACGGCGACCCAGUACAAAAACAAAAGGUGCGUCAUUCUCAUGCUCACGAAGGCCGAUAUCAAAGACAGGCCUGUCUUCAGGCACAGAGGUCUCCUCAUCGACACCUCCAGGACGUUCCUUCCCCUCGCAGAUAUAGAAAGGACCAUAGACGGUAUGUCUUCUGUCAAGUUGAACGUCCUUCAUUGGCACGCUACAGACACUCACAGUUUCCCUCUCGCCUUCGACACUCUGCCUCAACUAGCAGAAUUGGGGGCUUAUUCUUCGAAGGAGGUGUACACGACGAAAGAUAUGAAGCAUGUUAUCGAGUACGGGAAGCUGCGAGGAGUACGAGUCCUUCUUGAAAUCGAUUCGCCGGGACAUGCCGGCAACGGAUGGCAGUUCGGAGAGAAGAACGGCCUCGGUAAACUGUCCCUCUGCGUCAACAAAGAGCCUUGGCGUCGUUACUGCGUACAGCCGCCGUGCGGCCAGAUGAAUCCGGCGAACCCGAACCUAUACAGAGUACUUGGCCAGAUGUACAAGGAGAUCUCGACAAUGUUCCAGCAGGAGAUGUUCCACAUGGGCGGCGACGAGGUUCACCUCCCCUGCUGGAUGGCAAGCGACGAGGUGUUAAAGUACAUGGACGAACACCGGAUCCCGAGGACGGAAGACGGCUAUAUGACACUUUGGGCCGAGUUCCACGGAAAGGCGCUCAACGCUUGGGACCGCGCUGUCGGACAUUCACACACGAGGCCGGUUCUUUGGUCAAGCCAGCUUACAUCACCCGAAAGGAUUACGGACUAUUUAGACCCGAAAAGGUACAUAAUUGAAACGUGGGCCGAUGCCAACGACCCUCUUCCAGAAGAUCUGAUCUCGAAGGGGUACUCGGUGAUUUACGCCACAAGGGAUGUUUGGUACUUGGACCACGGCUUCUGGGGACAGACGACUUACCACAACUGGGCCAAAGUCUACGAUUACCAGAUACCGUUGGACUAUUCAGUGCUUGGAGGCGAAGCGUGCAUGUGGGGCGAGCUGGCAUCCACGUACAACUUUGACAUGAAGGUGUGGCCGAGGGCUGCCGCCCUAGCAGAACGUCUCUGGUCGUCACCUCCGAUCAAAUCGAUGGACGCCAAGUACAGGCUGAUCGCCCAGGUCGGCAGACUUUUCAAACUCGGUAUCAAUGCGGAUCAAAUCAUGCCCGAAUGGUGCUCCCUCAAUGAAGGCCGGUGCGAAUAAACAGCCUAACAGACGGCCUCAUUACAAUAAUUGAUAUGUAUAUAACACCGUAUCGUCGAUUGUGUAUUUCUUGUCAUUGAAAUUCUAGAUUAUUAACCUAUGUAAAUAUUAGCGUUUGCUGCGGUGAAUUAUUAGUCGAUAAUUUCUUAAUAAAACAAUAAAACGUG